AUGAAGUCUCGAGUUCUUCUGCUUUUACUUUCAUACUCUACAGCCUCACAAUCAUCAUUCAUCCAAAUAACCCCCAAAAAAUACUUGAAUUUGGCUGAAGGAAUUGUAAAAAUACUAGAUGAAGUUCUGAUUGACAAUAUGGUGACAGUGAACGUCGUACCAGUCGUAAACAGUUAUGAAAGCAAAGAUUUUCGUGAAAUAUUCCUUCAAAGAUUUAUGAAAGAUCCAAAAAUUCGAGUUCGUCAUCAAGAAGCUAAGUUUGUUAAUGCAAUGGGCACUGGAUCUUCUCGAAGGACUUGUGUUGUGGAUGUCAGGACUUAUUCCGAAUUUAAAAUGUUUUUUGCAAGCAUUUCCUCGGACAAAUUUGUUUAUCAAGGAUAUUACUUGAUUGUGCUGACUAAAGGAGAAAUUGAUCGAAUUCAAGACAUUUUUGCGGAUUUGUGGAAGUUGGAAAUCUAUAAUGUGAUUGUGAUUUUUGAGGAUGACUAUGGACAUGUUGCAGUGUUAACUUUCUUCCCAUUUAGAUCAAGCACCGACUGCUCAAAUACUACUCCAGUUCUUAUCAAUGAAUUUAUCAAUGGAACCUUUAUUCGAGGAUUGUCUAACAUAUUCUUAAACAAAAUGGAAAAUCUACAGCAUUGUGAAAUUCGUGUAUCUACUUCAGCUAGGUCAACACCCUACAUUUUCCUGAAAACCGGUCAGGAUGGAAUCACUCGAUUUUAUGGACGAGAUUAUGAAUUAAUUCUGGCAUUAUCGCAAGGAAUGAAUUUCAAAAUCAAUUUUACAUAUAUCGGAUAUCAUGGAUACUCCCUUAUCAAUGGAACUAUGACAGAUGCAUUAGGAGCUUUACAAAAUAAUGACGCUGACCUUGCCAUUGCUGACUUCUGGUUGAAGCCAUAUCGUUUGAAAUUUUUCGAUGCAUCAUCAUCUUACAUAUCUGAACAGCUUGCUUUCGUUUUUCCCACACCGGGAGAGUUAAUAUCGCUAGACAGGCUUCAUUAUCCACUAGAACUACCAAUAUGGCUUCUUUUGAUUGUUUAUUUACUGAUUGGAACUGUAACAAUCUUCUUGAUUAAUAGACAGUCACGAAAUGUUCAACAUUUUGUAAUUGGAAGGAAGGUUAGGUACCCUUAUUUUAAUAUUUGGAUUGGAAUAUUAGGAACGACUCAACAUCGAUUGCCUGGAAGGAAUUUUUCGAGAUUCCUGCUCAUGAAUUUUCUGAUUUUUACACUUGUUAUGCGAGCAGCUUAUCAAGGCAAAAUGUAUUACUUUUUGCAAUCUAACAUGAGAUAUCCAGAGCCUCAAAGUAUUCAGGACAUGAUUGAUAAUGAUUACGAGUUUGAAUUCUUUCAGGGACAUUUGGAUUUGGUUGCUGAUCUUAAUAGAUUUGAGAAUAGGAGAAUCACAAAUGAAAAUUUCGAGUACGUAAAGUGGUUCAGAAAUGCAAAACCCAAAACUACAGUCAUUGCUUCAUAUUCAAGCUACAUUGACACUUUGAUAUUAGACACAACAUUAAAUCUACAGUUUUGUCGUGAAGUUUUCUUAAUCAUGCCUUCAGUCAUAUUGACUAGGAAGAACUUUUAUCUACUUCAAGCAAUUAAUGACCACAUUGAUAGUCUAACCUCAUCUGGACUAAUUAAGUUUUGGCAUGAUAAGCAAUUGUAUGGAUAUCGUAAACGAAAUGUUUCCGAAAAAGAUCCGAAAGUACUGAAUUUUGAACAUUUGUCUGGAUGCUUUCAAUUAUUAGGUGGGGGAUGCUUGAUAAGUCUUGUUGUAUUUUUGAUGGAGUUUGUUUUAAUGAAAUGGAAAAGAAGGAUGAAUGGAGGUAUAUUUAAAAUGUUCUAA